UAUUUAUUUAAAUUGUACUUAUCAUAUAUUUAUUGCAUUGAAUUGUAUUUCAAAAGUAGCUAGCAAUGAUGACAGUGUAUCUCGCAAUGAAUUGAAUAUGCUAUUAAUGCGAAUUUGGUGAAUUUAACCAAAACACUUGAACCAAAAUAUGAAAAGUAAAACAUCCAUUAUAUUAAUCAGCAGCCACCUUGCUUUGAUGAUUUUGCCGUCAGCCAUUAAAACACAUGAAUCACUACUAUCUAUACAUGCACAGAUUAGAAAUGUGUGCUAACGAAGUGAUUUCUGCAGAAUUCUUUGGCAUCAGCAUCACGGUGUUCUCGGUCGUAUUCCGCCUGCUCAACUGUGUCCUGCUCCAGACCAGCCUCGUCCCGGAUGAGUACUGGCAGUCGCUGGAGAUUCCCCAUCGAAUGGUCUUCAGAUAUCCUCGUUUAUGCACUGAGCUGUUUAGUUUGAGUAUUAUACUCUGGAGAAAAAUGUGCAAAUGAGAUCCUUAACAUAUGUCUCACCUAUGGCUAUGAGACGUGGGAAUGGAAGGAAGGCAUCCGGGGAUAUUCCUAUCCUCUCCUCUUCGCUCUGAUGUACAAACUCCUGCAUCUGAUGAAUUAUGACACAGUUUAUUUAUUGGUGUUUGUGCCGCGUAUUUUCCAGGCGCUGCUGGCUGCGUAUGCAGACGUGAUGCUGUACAACCUCGUCCUGCGGUGGGAAAACUCCAGAUGUGGCCAAAUGGACAUAUUUCUGUCAGCUGUGUUCAUGGUUCACCUGGUUCUGCUGCAGCCGGACUCUGACCAACACUAUGGAAACGGUUCUGACCACCCUGGCGCUUUGCUUUUACUCCAACACGCACAACAGGUGGGUCAUUCUUUGUCAACUCAACCAAAUUUUAGAUUUUGCUAAUAUUUUUUCUGAAGAAAGAUAAACAUGUAUAGUGAUGAAAGCCAAAAUAUUAAAUGUCAUGGAUAAAUAUUUACGGAGUAAUCCGGUAUUUUGUAGAGAGGGGUCAAAUUGGCAAUUUUCACCUGAAAUUCAGAGUCAAAUUACAAGUGGUUAAUAAUGACUUCAGAAAGAUGGCAGCAUCAUAAUGUUAUUUUUACACAGAGAUUCUGUUAGUAAAAUCUGUUCACUCUAGCAAUCUGUGUUGCAUUAUGUGCUAAAGGUGACCAAAAAAUAAAUAAAUCGAAAUAU